GUACAGAAGGAAAAGGAGUGGCCUUCUGCUGAUAGUCGCUCUCUCUACCGGAGUAAAGUCUUCUCUCAGUGGCAGCUUACAGGAGGGAAAACAAAACCAGAAGUUUUGAGAUACAGAGAGGAGAAAGAAACAAGUCUUCAAACCACAUUUCCUCCCAGGCUGUAUGUGGGUUUUAUACAGUCAUGGCGUCAGCAGUUCCAUCAAAAAGGAUGGUGUCUUCGUUUUUCAUCACUCUGGCGUCUCCUCACAAAGCUACCGUGACACAGCAGCAGCAGCAGCCCGUCCUCCAGGCUCACAGCGCCCCGGCCGGAGACAAGCAGCACGCCGCUGUACGAGUCAGCCCAAGUGACAGCAUCCCCGCCGCCGUCAGACAUAAGAGAGAGGACCGCUCACAGUCUGAGUCUUAUGGCAGUGUAGACAGCAAAGGCCAGACUCGUACGGGGACCUCGGCCCGAACUUCAGACCCUCAGAGCCCAAAACCUGUCCAAACUUCAGACCCUCAGAGCCCAAAACCUGUCCAACCUGGACCCGGCAGAGGAAAGCUGCAAGAGGACGACAGAGGUGAUGCAGCUCUUCCCUCUCCUCCUCCUCCUCCUCCUGCUGCACUGCCUUCAUCUCUGGGAACGUCGCUCUCUGACGAAUCAGCACUUCCACCACCUCCUCCUGCCCAGACGCCUCUCUCCCGCCCUCUGACCUCAGGCAAGCAGCCAGUUUACAACAGAGAGGUGGAAACAAGUACACCAUCUAGUGGGUUAAAACAAGAUGAACUAUCCCACGGGAUCCAUAAAAAUGGCCAAGACGCGAGCAGGGAGAGUAGAGAUGUGUGUGGCUUCUGUCGGAAGCCCGUGGCUCUUUCUGAACCUGCAAUAGAGGCCUUAAACAGGACGUACCAUGACGGUUGCUUCCAGUGUCGAUCUUGUCACAAUCCCCUGGCUGGUAAACAGUAUUACAACAAGGCAGGAAUCCCACUCUGUGAAGACUGCUACCAGGCCAGCCUGGAGCUUUGCUGGGCGUGUGGGGACGCUAUCACAGAUCAUGUGAUCCGUGCACUGGAACGAGCGUACCACCCCACUUGUUUCACCUGUGCGACGUGUAAGAAGCAAAUCGGAGAGCAAGCUUUUGCUCAGGGAGAAGUUGGAGAAGUUUAUUGCCUCCAGGAUUAUUACAGGAAGUAUGCUCCAAAGUGCAACGCCUGCAAAAAGCUAAUCAUUCCAAAAGAAGAUGGUACCGACAGCUAUAAUGUUAAAUGCAUGGGACACUCCUACCAUGAGAACUGCUACAGAUGUGAGGUCUGUGUCAUCCAGCUCUCUCCUGAACCAAAUGAGCACGGCUGCUACCCUUUGGAUGGGAAGAUGCUCUGCAAAUCUUGCCAUCUGAAGCUGGUUUCUGGCGAGCACUAACACUGGACUAACAGCCCGGGAUAAACUGCAACUGGUGGAAAAGUCCAAGUUCAAAGAGAUGGGACACGUUGCAUGUGCAUUUAAGACUCUGGCAUUACAAAUGUCACACAUCUUUUUCCAAUAGAACAAUAAUGAAAUAUGGCAUUUUUUUUUCAAUAUAUCAUGCUUUCUAAAGAUCCUCCUUUUCUACUUUUCUACUUGAUAAUUUUGCACUCAAUAAACUACAAAAAUGCACCAAAUAUAUUUAUGCAACAGCCUUUGCAAUAACAUAUGGCAAACAUUAUUUGAAUUUUUGUACAUCUCAAUCAGUAUACUGUUUCGCAAUCACAUUAAUCUUUUAUAAAAAAAAAAAAACGUUAUAUAAAAAAGUGUCUAUAUAAAACUAAACUAAUAUAUUUUAUCUUGAGGCAGGCUCCAACAUUACACUUGUUAAAUUUACACAUACAUUAUCAAAUGAGUAUUACGAUGUGAAUAAAAAGAUUACAGAGCACAAUAGUACAUCCUCAAGCGCUCAUUACGGACCAAAACUAGAAGGUGCUCAUGAUGUGAUUACAUUCACUUUUUUUUUUACCACACAAACAUCUUUACUGGACCACAGAGCCUGUAUUGCCUUUUUUGCCUCAACAAUAGAACUAUUCACAUUGACUUCACAUUACAAUAUUAAAGUCUCAUUCAGAUCCCAGCCAAAUUAUUUUUUAUUAUUUAUGUUCUGUAUCUCAAAAUGACAUGUUUGUGGAAUUAUAUUUCUUUGUAUCAAAAACAUUUAUUAAAACAUUUUCUGGAAAACUAA